GAUAAGGGACCAGCUACUAUUCAAUUUAUGACAUUUAACAAGAAAAUAACUGUUGAAAAACAAAUAUAGGUGAGAAAUAUUCUUUGAUAAAACAGGUCGACGUAUAGCAACGCAAACCUGUCACAAACUACGACGUGAAUUUUUGUUCACAGACUUGGGCACAGCAGAAAAUAUCGACCACAAUUUAUUGGCCGCGUACCCUGCCUGGCUUCUAGGCCCCGUCUUUCGCAGAUCGUUUACCGUUGCUAUUGACUUAAUCCACGCAGGGAGAUACAGGGAUCGUAAAUCAGUGUGCUGCAGGUGGGGACCUUUGUCCCGUGGACUGCCGGUGUUUACCCAGUUUUGUUGACAGGCAUUGCGUGAAAUAGAUUGUAAAGGAAUCGUAAGCUAUCAGGCACACCGUGGAUGUUCAGUGUAGCCCAAGAGAGUAGAGUGCAAAGACCUGGUGAGGGAUUUUGUUUCAAAGUCAACAGGAGCUCAUUCGAGGAGCAGAUAUUCUGUACAAAAGACACGCCAUUCGAUAUCAAAGCAAAGUACAGUGGUUGUGGUCAUCUACAAAAACCAAAGGAAGCGGGAGAAGAAACCCACAACAUAUUCGUAAAGGAGUAUAUCACUGAUCAGGUCCCCGACGGCCCCUCUGUGAUCAUAGCUGUGCACUGGCGGACUGGCGACCACACGCAGACGGCGUCUUCCUUGAGACGAAAUCGAUACAAACUGUGCGACUGGUGGUAUUGUAGUCCCUGACAAGAUUAGAGUGCAGCGGUCAUGGGAGAGCACUUGACCCCGCCCUUUGACCUCGCCCUGGCUGGCAGCUCUUUCUUCGGCAUCCGCAAUGUUGGCGUGGGGCAGUGUCUCCUGGAUCACGGCGCCGUCGUGCUACGCCAUGCAGAACACUUCGGGGGAAUAUCAUCCAAUGCACUGGUAGCCGGUGUCAUGGCAACGACCCCUGCGAAUUUAGCUAAAUAUCUGUAUGCCUUGUACGACAUCGUGGACGAGGUGGCACCACUUCCGUUUGGCGCACUCACUCCGGGGUUUGAUUUUAUCGACCGUCUCCGCUCAUUGCUGAAUGAAAACUUACCAAGUGAUGCUCACGAAAAGGCCACGAACCGACUACAUGUCAGGGCGACAGCGCUCAGCAUGAUUGAUAAGUAUGAUCCAGUUAGCGUACACGACGUGGACCAGGGAACAAGUUCAAGCGUACGCGCUAGAGGACCCAAGCAGUUUGAAAUUGGAGACAGGUGCUGGAAGAUUGGGGACGAGGUUGAAAUCGCUAGCUACAGAAGUCGAGAAGAAUUGAUCGAGGUGUUACUUGGUUGUAUCUACAUUCCAUGGUUUCCAAGUUGGAAUCCACCGCAAUAUGAUGGCCGAUUCCUGGCCGAUGCAACUUUAUCCAGGACCAGCAACCUUCCUGUCAAUGUUGAUUUCAGCUUCCGGCCAGCAAAUCAGCUUAUCCGGAUCUCGCCAGAUCCCAAGUCCCGCGCGACCAUGCGAGAUAAAAUCGCCUGUGGCUGGGUGGACACAACGGGCCAGCGCUUCGACAUCAGUGCGUUGGAGAUGUUCCGCACGGGGAACGGACUGUACCCACCUCCCAAGGGCCACCUAGAGGCUUACUUUGCAGACGGAUAUGAAGAUGCAACGCGGUUCUUGAAGUUUUAUCACUGUUACGAAGACAAUCCGAAGGGUCUUGGUCCACGUCGGGAUCAGUACGCGGCCAUUCAUUCUGUGGACGACCUUAGAUAAAACUGCCAAAAAGCAGUUUAAUGGGAAAGCAAUAACACAUUGCAGUUUCUCCAUAUCUCAGCUUUGACUCUGGCUGUUGUGUUGUUUAUAAAUCUCUGGCGAGUAAGGGACCAAUUUGUGGGACUCUUGUAAAUAAAUGCCACAUGGACAGAAUGUAUUAUAAAACAGCACACUGGAUGGGAAUCAUUGUCGAUUCUCUGCCAUGAUCAAAAUAAAAUGUACUUUGCAUGUAUGAAGUGGUCAAACCGAUUUAUAAUAACUUUGUUUUAAAACAGAGGUGAUACGGGUGAGGUUUGCCUCACGGAAGUCACAUUGCCGCACAGAUACUGCAUCCAAUCCUCUAAGGAAACUACAUGAUAGCGAAUUAAGGCAAAAUUUCAUAAUCAUUCUAAAAAAAUUGUUGUUGUACAAAUGUGAUUCUGUGGGGAAUAUGUGAAGGGUCAGCCUAAUCCUUUCGUAAACACACAAAUAUGAAGGCUACAGAUUCUAAAUGGCAGCUUUUAACCCUUGCAUAUAAACGGUUGAGAGGGAUCCUUCCUGCUCAGCUUGCCAAACAUAACGUAGUUUGAUUGAGUUAGAUUCAUUGAGCGUGUUACA